GGUCCUUGCUGCAUGUUUGGAUGCAGCAGGUGCUGUCAUCGCCUCCGCCUGGGUGGAUCAAUCCUUCCAGGCUCAGAAAGAGGAGUUGGCCCAGGCGGCUCGGGAGGUCCUGCAGGACGCCAGCGCGCCCAGCGAGGCACGCGCCAGCGCCCAUCACUUCUAUGCACGUGUGGCUUUGGCGUGCUUCGAAGAGUUUGCGCCCACUCUGGAGGUGGUCUUGCCACCGGCGCUCGAAGCCUUAAGACCCGAAAACAGCGAAUGCCUGGCCGUCAAGCCUGGGCGCGGCGUUCGAACGGGUGGACACGAGGAGCGUCUGGCGGCCUUGGAAGCUCUGGGCAGCUAUGCGGCUGCCCUGGGUGCCAGGUUCGCACCACACCUACCAUCGGCGCUGCCGGCGGUGUGCUCACAGGCUCAACAUCCCCGAGUGGAAGUGCGUGCUGGCGCAGCCAUGGCCCUCGAGCGCAUGGCCCGAGUCUUGGGAGAUCUGGCGCAAGGCCUUCCAUCCAGUGACCAAGCAGCGGCAUCCAGAUUGGCGGAGGCGGUGGUGGCCUCGUUGUGCGAAAUCCUGAAGCAGCCGGGCUCCAAAGCCUUGAGAUGUACCUUGCAGGCCAAGGAGGAUUUGGAUUGCUGCCCGGGCUUUUGGACUUUGGCGGGCCAGUCCGCCGCUGCCUCCCUGGCGGCUGCUGCAGGAUCGCGUCGCUCGGAGGAUGUGGAAGAUUCGGAGGAUGAGGAGCAAGAGGACGAGGACGAUGAUUGAUUGAAUUACAAGAAAAUAUUUUACAUAAUAGUAAGGGCUCCGCCCUGGUGCCGCCGACCCUUUAAUGAAAAGACAUUGA